AUGCCGAUCCGGAGGAGGAUGGGGAGGAAGAGUCUUUGGGUGGGUUGGCAAAUGAGCCGGUCUUCGUUAAGCAGUGGCGGGUCGACGGACAGGGGCAUUGUGACCCCGACGCCACCCUUUUUGGAUGAGGGGAGUCUAGCUGUUGGGAUUGCUGGUUGGGAUACUUCCGCUGAAAGGGCGCAAAGGGAAGCGCUCUAUCCACGCUCCCACCCAUCUAGGUUGAUACCCCCCUUGCAUCGUUUGUCUUUCCUCCUUGGCCAGCUAGGGAAGUGCUAUCUCUUUUCUCUUUCAGUCCGCCACCACUCUCUUUUGCGCCCAGGUUCACCCCUGGAUACAUCCCCUCCAUACCGACCCCCUCACACAAUUCCAAGUGCUAGAAAACUGGACAAUGCAGAACCCAGAAGAGUACUAGUACCCCCAGCCUCUCUCCGCAUCCAUCUCCGCAUCCAUCUCCGCAUCCACCUCCUCCACCGUUCCCUAUAAUACCCUCCCAAUACCCUCCAGCGCACCCCAGAACCCCACAGCAACAGAAUUGACCAUCUGCUACAAGAAUCCGGUUACAUGCGAGUUCCCGUCUAGUAUUCAGGGUGCACCGUACUGACCUUGCGGGCCGUGCUUUGAAGUAUAUGAGGGUUAUUGUAUGGAGGCUGUGCGGUGUGCACUUUGUCGGCACGAGUUUUU